UUGUAAUAAGAAAGAUAUUCAGCUCUCAAUAUUGAUUCUCCAUCUUUGAAACUACUCAUUUCUUAUCUUGUUCGAAUUCUUUUCUAUCCUAAAAAUUCCUACGUUUUGUUCGUUCUUCGAAUCUAAAUUCCUAGAGCGUUACAAUUGGUAUCGGAGCUCCAUUUUCAGCUUUAACUCCAUCAACGAACACAGUUCUACGAGUUACAUCUAUCAGAAUCCUAGCGAAGAAAGUCACUGUUGCUACGCUUUUAGCGAUGAUGGAAGAUAAAGUCCGCGGUCUGGAACGUCUACUUGAAGAACAGAUCAAACAGAAUGAAGAGAAAUUCUCUGAGACAAACCAGAAGUUAGAUGCACUGUUGGUGCUUCUGCAAAAGAGGAACGAAGAGAUAAAUCACCAAUCAGUACACAGCUCACCGGUGAUUCAAACAGCACAUGGAAAUUCAUUCUCAAACUCAGGAAACACAUCCUAGUUGCAGAUCGAAGAUUACCUGUACGGUAAAGAUCUGUAUCAACCUCUGGAUGAUAAGCCGAAAGCCAUGAAGGAGAGCGAUUGGAAGUUGCUGGACAGAAAAGCGAUGAGCGUGGUUCGAUUAUCGUUGUCUAGAAACAUCGCCCUACACACCGUCAAAGCAAAAACAACGAAGGAGAUGUUGCAGAUUUUGUCGGAUAUGUACGAGAAACCUUCCGCUGUGAACAAAGUCUAUCUGAUGAGACGUCUUUUUAACCUGAAGAUGUCAGAAGGUACGGGAGUGGUGGAUCAUCUCAACGAGUUCAAUGUGAUCACCACACAGUUGAGCACGGUUGAGAUAAAAUUCGACGACGAAAUUCAUGCCCUUAUUCUGCUGUCUUCUCUCCCAGAAAGCUGGAACGGAACAGUGACUGCAGUCAGCGCUUCGGCAGGGAAAGAGAAACUGAAAUUCGAUGGAGUCAAAAAUCUGGUGGUCAGCGAAGAAAUUCGCAGGAAGGAAUCAGGCCUGGCUUCUGGAUCGGCGUUGAGUACAGAGAACCGGGGCAGAACGAAGUCGAAGUCCAAGUCAAAUCGGGAUAGAUCAAGAUCCAAAUCCAAGUCAAACAGCAAGGGCAAGAAGGACAGAAGUCAGAUCAAGUGCUGGAAUUGUGAGGAGUACGGACACUUUAAGAGCCAGUGCAAGGAGCAGAUCAAGGAUCAGAAGGAGAAAACAUCUGCCAAUGCAGCGGCAGAAUCAUCAGGUGAUGAUCUCCUGACCCUGAGCGUGAGCAGUCCGUUGGAGUCAUGGGUUCUGGAUUCUGGAGCCUCGUUCCAUUCAUGUGGUAAUUCUGAAGUGAUGGAACAGUAUACUCCUGGCAAUUUUGGAGAGGUGUAUCUUGCUGAUGAUGAGCCGCUUAUAAUUGUCGAGAAGGGGACAGUCCACGUGAAGACUCCGAACAGAUGCAUGCUGAAAUUGAAUGGCGUCCGACACAUUCCUGGUUUGAGGAGGAAUCUUCUUUCAAUUGGGCAGCUAGAUGAGGAAGGUUAUGCAGUUACAUUCGGCAGCAAAAAUUGGAGGAUCACCAAGGGAGCCUUGUUGGUUGCUAAAGGGAAGAAGGAGGGUACGUUGUACAUGACAACGAACUCAAAGGACUGCAUCGAUGUUGCUGCUGUUGCAACAAACGAUGUGAAUUUAUGGCACUGUCGGCUCGGUCACAUGAGCGAAAAGGGGAUGAAGGAGCUGUGCUCGAAGGGCAAUCUGCCCGGCCUGAAGACUGUUGAGAUUGGCUUAUGCGAGGACUGCAUAUUCGGGAAGCAGAAACGUGAAAUUGGUCAUAUUAAAUUUCUCCAGAAGAUUCAUUUAGAAUUUUCGAAAAAAAAAAUCCAAAAAGAGGAGGCUGGCGGCCGGAUGAGAACUUGUACAAAAAUUCGAAGGAAAAAGAGGAGACGGGAACAUGAAUCCAUGGAAGAAUUUAGGAAGAAGGGGACAAAGAGCAGAGGAGAUCGAGUGAAAAGGGAAGGAAGAAAGAAGGGGUAUGUGAAAGAAAAGAAAAAUAAAGAGAGAGGAAAAAUGAAAAAUAAAAUAAAAACAAGUGAGGCCGAAUUAAAUUAAGACAUGUCAUCAGAUGACUGUUUGAAUAUUUUUGUUCAGGUUAUGGGUUUAUUUUGAGAAGAUAUCCACCGAAUGAUAGAUUAUUUUAGAAUUAUUCAUAUUUGGGAUUAAUAUUGGAAGACUGUAAAUAGUUAGGAUUAUUCUUGUGAAUUUUUCCUAAAUUGACUAAAUCGAUAGAUCUCACUAAAGUUUGUAAAGUUUUGGCUGAAAUGAUUGCAUUGGUUGAUUUUGCAGAAUUAUGAAGAAAUUGUUUUAAAAUAUAUCGUAUUAAUAAAAUAACGCAAAAAUCAUAGAUAGUAUGUAGUAUAAAAAAUAAGUAAAAUGCUCAUCUGCAAUAACCUCAGCCAAUUCAGCCAAUAAAGUAAGUUAUGCCUUAUUUAUUUUGAUUAUAACACAAGUUAGCGCGUGAAGUCGAAAUUAAUGUGUUUGGUACAAAAAAAGUGGCUGAUAAACUGGAAAACAAGGUCACCAAACGGACUCAUUAAAAUUAUAAAAGAUUGAAAUGACAACAUAUAUACAUUAAUUUUAAGAGGUGCAAGUUAUAACAUUCAUUUAAAAAAAUUGCUCAAAAUAAGACUAAAUUUAAAUAAAAUUUUAAAAUAGGAUUAAAUAUGUUUUGUUCAUAAAAGAACACUUAUUUAAUACUCUAAAAAGAAUAAAAAAAACUUUUCUAAAUAUGAAUGCAUAAGUCUUAUUUUAAGAAACAAAUUUGAUACUUUUAUUUGAGUUUAUAUAUAUAUAUAUAUAUAUAUAGAGAGAGAGAGAGAGAGAGAGAGAGAGAGUAGUCUUCUUGUCCAGCCGGCCUGACGGGAACCGCCGUCCGGCCGAGGGAUUUUCGGACACUUCCCGAUGGAAUUUGUUGAUGAAAUUGUUUGAGCAUGUUCUUCAUGAAGUCUAGU